AUGACCUGCAGCAGCGACAACGGCACUGCAAUCAAGAGGGCUCUAGCACACAAUACCACGGCAAAGCCGUUGUCUAACGCUAGGACAGUAUCGUGGACGGCUCGCAGCGCUGCACAGAGAGAGUCGGCUGAUGUGGAGGCACGCAUGAGGGCCAUAACGGCGGCCAUAGUAUCUUCGCCGCCGCCGUUGCUGACGCACGCGUGGACUAGCGUACCCUCUGCGAUCGCUUGCGUAUCUUCGUCUACUCCUGUCACCUCUGCAGCGUGCGCCAGCGUGGGCGCCGACACCGCCGCCUCGCGUGUCCCUCGCACUUCACCCUCUUCACCUCCAGUGGCCAGCAGCGACGAUGCCGCAUCGUGGUCGAUGACGCUUCACACCGACGCCAGGCGUGCGUCAGCGGCAGAAGCAUACUGGGUUCCCUACGACGUCUAUCUCGCUCUCUCAGCCCCGCUGCUGCGAGAGCGCGCCUUGCAAGACUGCGUUGCGACGCUGUGUUGUCCAAUGACACCGUCGGCGGAGGGCCAGUCGCAACUAAUCAAGAUUGACAGUGUCGUCUCUUUUCUUCUUCAUGGCAACGCAGUGGCGCCGCCGAUCGCCUCUGAUGCCGCAGUGGUGGCGCCGGUUUCGAUGUCCCAGUCGCCCAUGCAAUCUUCGUCGUUGCUUCAUUGGAGCGAGCGCGGCUCCCGCAACGACAAAGCCGAACUCAUCGCCUUCCCUCUCUUCUGCGUCCUCGGCGCGAAGCUGUGCACCGUGUCGCGACGCACACGAUCCAUCUGCUCCAUCCACACUCCGGCGGCUCCCAUUGCAGCACGGCUUGCCAUGCACCCGGAUCAGCGCGGUGGCUGUGGCAGCCACAGCCGCCACGGUAGUAACAGAACUGACUCGACGUACCGUACUGCCCAGCAAGAUCUCGCGGCCAAGCCCGGCAGCGGUGCCGAGGCGGCGCUACCUCGAUGCGACGGCGGCAAAGAUCAUGUGCUUCUCCUCUUCGCCGAGCAGCUGAUCAGCGCCCUUCCCGGCUUUCCUGUCGCGCUUCUGUACACGACAAGCCCGACCGGUGCUGUCGUCUCGGCGCCCCCAGCGGAGACUUCAGCCUUCUGGGACAGCUGGCACAAGACCCCGCGUGCUGUGCGCCGAAGCGUUUCGUAUGAGCAUAUGUGGAGUGUCGUGACACUGCCGAGGCUGGUGGCAAUGCUGCAGCGUUGGGGCGUGGCCCCGGCGGUGGCGAUGCGUCGGCUCUGCGCAGGGCUGCUCUGCUCUUCUACCUCGCCGCUAGAGCCGCCAGGAAUGCCUCACCCGUACCACACCGCGAUGGAUCUUGCGCAUGAGCAAGGGGAGGAGGAGGCGGCGACGGCAGUGCUGGAUACCGCGGGUGCUUUGCGUCAACUCCAGUUUCCUUUGGGAGAGCCCAACUCUUGCCUCGUAGAGAGUCCGCCUCCCCUGCCGACGGCCGCGUCCGCGCAGCUGGCGAGGGCGAGCGUCGUGAGGCCGCCACAGCACAUCGUGGGCAGCAGUAGUAGUGACGGUGCUGCGUGGGAUUCCUUGCCGUCGGACGCCGGCGUUGUGCCGCACAGAGGCAUGAGUACGCCUGCCAUGCGAGGGGCCGAAGCAGCUGUGCGGGCGCCGGCGACGCCGCUGAAGCGCAGAGGGCGUGUGACAGCUGGCGAGUGUGGCAUUACCACACUUCGUUCGCACGAUGGGCCGCUCAGCAGCGGUGAAAAAGGCGACGCAAGUGACCCUGUGCACCCGUACAACGCUGUAGGCGCGCCAGGCUCCGUCAACGCAGCAUCAGAAGACACCCGCGGCCUUUACGGUCAGGCGCACCUGUAUGACACUCCUUCGCCGCCGCCACCGCCAGCUGCCUCGUCAGUCACGGCGACUGCUGGUAGCGUCGUCUUUGUGCGGGGUGCCGUGCCGGGGACGCCGCUGACGGAGAGCAGCACUCCCCUCUUCAACACCAGGCGCUUCCGAUAUCCGGAUGUGCUGCGGCCACCGUUGCGGUUGCGCCUGCACACUUCUUCCUUCCUGCAGCGCGCCAACCGCCCCGUCGGCGCGACGAAGGGUGCGGCGAUGCUGUCCUCGCAUCGCUGCCCAGGUGCACCGAAGCGCGUGACCGCCGUAUCGACUGACGUGCGCUACAGCCACAGCGGCGCGUUAGCGCAUCCCUACGAGAUGUCGGCGUCAGAUGGAACGCGGCAGUCGGGGAGCCGGCAUCGGCGAAGGCACAGUGGCAGAGGUCGCCGCCUCAUCCAUGAAGGAGAUCAUCGUCGAGGCACGAAUGUGCGCGAUGCGCCAGCGGAGCUUGCUCAUGCCUCCGGUGAUGUCGAGCAGAUGGGAGACGCGCGGCUGAUCUCUUCCAGUCAAAGCGCAGCGGAUGGCUUGACCGAUCGCGGCGGAGUUUUAAGCCACGCAGCUGCGCCAGCGCUGACUCCCACGCCACCCACUCGCAGUGGGAGUGGUUGCUGCCUCGGUGCCCGGCCGCGCACGAAGCAUGUGAACAGGUACAUGCAGGUCCUCAUGAGCGCUGCGGCGCUCCGGUGCGCGGGCCCGUCGCCGACAGCGGCCGAUGAUUUCCCGCAACAGCAACAGCAGAACACAGCUCAUCGAUACGGCACCGGCGACCAUCUCGCCACGGCAGCAGGAGCGACUCCGUUGUGCGUCGCCAGCAGCAGUAGCGGUACUGGCAGCAACGCAAAGAGCAGCCUGAAUCGUAGUCGCGAGAGCGGGGACAGCGGCGAGGCCAUGCCGCGGCGUGCGCCAGUGCCGCCACCGCCGCUCCAGCAGCAUCAGCUGCACCUCCGCCCAUCCCCUCACGCGAACAUCCUGCUCUGCCAUCAGAGCAGCAUCAGCACCCCGUUGAGCUUCACCCCAAGCUCCUUGACUGGUGGCGCUGUCUCCGUUGCACUCAGCGACCACGCGGCGAGUGUCUCCGCAGAGCACGAAAACAAGCAACUCUGCGACGACAGCAAUACCGAUAGAAGGGCCGGGGCUGUCGCGGCGCCGCCGACCUUCGCCAGGGAUUCUAAGACUCCCUCUAUGACGGCCUCGUCCGACGGCUCGCUGGCUUCUUUGACGGACGCCGCUGGCGCGCUACCCACCGAGCAAGUUUUGCAUCACCCGGAAACAGCGUCGUUGCUGAGCGUAAAGAAUGCAAGGACGCACAAUGCCACCCGAAACGGCAUAGGGGACUCGCUGUCGACGCGUCUCACGUCCUCCCCGCUACGAAGCAUCUUCACUGGGCUGCGGGCGCUGCUGCAGUUGGCCACUCCGCCGUCGCCGAUGCAGGCGUGCCGCUUUCCUCAUCGCGACUCGAAGCCUGCGGGGCCGCUGCUGUCGGCUUGUUCGCCAGAGGACAGGGCUGUCCGGCCGAGUGCCUACGCGCCGCCAGAGCUGAGUAGCCCCUUGCUGACCUAUUCUUCUCACCCCACACUGUAUGCCGCGGCAGACAGCCGCCGUAGCGGCGACUAUGACAACCUUGGCGCCACCGCGUCUCCACCCCCGUCCGAUGCUCUUUCGCCGCCGGGGCAGCAGUCACCCACACUACGCGCGUCAUGUGAGCGGUCUGCGUCAUGUUUGGUCGCCGCUUUAUCGGAAGAGCACCUGUCGCCGCCGCUGAGGCGCGACCGCGGCAGCGUCGUUAGCCAUCUCGCCGUCGCAGGCGCGUCUGCGAGACCAUCGGCGCUGACGAUGAGCGGCUUCUCUGCUGUUAAGGGUUUCACCGCCAACGCGCCGCCCCUCAGCGCGAACGAGAGCGACCACGGUGCGGAGUCUCGACUCGUGGCCGAGCCCGCGAUCUCGGUCGAUCUGCAGCUUCACGCGGCGGCCCGUGAACACGCAGCUGACGCAGAGGCUGUGACCGCAUCGGGGACUGUCAGGCAUGAUGGCGCCGCUGCAAUGACCGCAUCCACUGCUGCUCCACCGGUGUCUCCGGGCUGCCGGCCCAGCGCGGCUUCACGCUUGAGUCGUCGCUCGGCUGAUGCUCUUGUUGACUCCAACUUGCACGAGGGCGGCGGGUGGCCGUCUUUUCUGCCACUGUCCCUCUUUAGGACCACUCUGGCCGUCGCGACGCAGUUUCCGGGUGACGCAGGUGGCGUCAGGGUGGCCGUUCCACCACCCUCCAACUCCGAGUCUGGGCUCCUCUCGGGGUGGAUUGACACCGCCGCGCUGUUGAUGAACCUGGUGGCGUGCGUGAUGCAGGCGGUUGGGCGCGGCUACAUAGCCCGCCGUGACCUUCGGAGGCCUUUUCGGCGGCCGUCAAGUAGCUCCACCGAGCGCGCUGCCGUAUCAAUGGCGAUGGCCGCCGCAGCGCCGGCCGUGACGCGCUCGCCUCACCACACGUUAGUCACACCCGACCCAUCGAUGCCCUCGUCUCCCACUGCUUCGACGAGCGCGUCGCCUGCCCCUCCCAGCCUUCACCAUCACGGGGUGGCCACGCAGACGACCACCGCAGCCUUCAGCAUCGACCAUUUUCCGGGGCCACAUAGGCCCAGCGCGUCGACGCUGACGUCGUCGAGCCGGGUUUUGGCGACGCAGCCGUUGCAGGGCUUCCCACCGCCGCCGCUGACGGCGUUCUCGGCUUCACCGACGUUCCCGAUCAACGCCACCGUAGCGAAGGCGUCGACGACUCCCAGCGAUGUCCACGUGUCGGCACGCGAUGUCUCGCUGGUGGCGACGGCGACGUCCAAGUCGUCAUUGCAACGGCACAACGCCGCUUCGCAGACGUCGUCAAAGUCCAAGAAGAUCCCUACUUUCUCGUCUCUCGCCGCUGCUGCCACCCACUCCUCUCCCAACAACCUCUCCAGCUUCUCUGGACUGAGACUGAAGCGGCCCACCUGCUCCUCUGACGAGGCCUCACCAAACAAAGUGCCGGCGUCGUCUCUGCGGCACCUGUUUGCCAUGCGCGGCCUACAGAGCAGUUCCACCAGCGAGGACUCCGGCACCUGGGCACCUGCGCCAAACGUCGAGACGGCCGGUGACACGGCCGCCUCGUCUGAUGGAGACGACGCUGCUGCUGCGGCGAACGCGGGCGCAUGUACGUCCGUUGAUGCAGCGACACUCUUGCUGGCCAUAUCCAUGUACACUGUCUCUACUACGCCUGAGGUUGUGCCACAGAGGCAGAGUAGCGCCGCGAGCCGCGGCCACGAGCUGUCGAGUCCGAGCACUCAUGGCGACAACAACGCAGGUGGCGAACCGAGCGCCGGUGCGGUUGCUCCGGCGCGUCCCGUUGCCGGUGAGCCCCUGGACUUUUUUGCCCCGCCGUCGCUGAAGGUGCAAAGCAGCACCGAGGACGCUGCCUCCACCGCCUUCCGCGAAUCCACGGCGGAGCGGAUGGGCAUGGUGCAGGAGCAACUUGCCGUCACUCACAGCUGCACAGUUCCUUUCCUCGAUCAGGCUGUUGCGAAAGGGCCGUCGGCGAGCACCAUAGGGAGUAGUACCUCGCAGGGGCCCAUGUCGCUUGAUGGGGCGCGGAGCUCGUCGUGUCGGUUGUCCUCGUCGGCCGAUGAGUACGCUACCCCCAUGAUCGCGGAGUCUCUGUUGCAGCUGCAGCGCAUUGGUCGCGGGUGUCUCAUCAGGCGGCAGUGCAAACUGAGUUACCGGGAGCGACAAGAAAGGCCUCUUGGCCUUCUUCACAAGCGGGUGUGUCAGCACAUGCGGGUGCUGUCGCCAAGUGCGACGUCGAUGGACGAGAAUGGCGUAGCCGACGGGUUUGGAAGCGGCAGCACUGCUGGAGGAGCUGCGGCUGUACUGAGCGGAAUCACGGGUCUGCGCUCGGCCUCCUCCUCGUACCAGCCGAGCGAUCCGACACGUUUGACGGCUUCGUUGCCGCAGAGCACGCCGUCACUGCCCGAGGCCAGUCGGCCGCUCGUGACGCUGAUGGCAGGGCAACGGUGCCUGAGGCCGGUCAACGGCCGACAUUUCACAGACCUUGCGCACCCCGCCUCCCUGCUUUCGCAGGUAGAACCAAACCUCUCUGAGUCUGAGGGCGUGGUGUGCAUCGUUGGCGACAGCGUCCAGCUGGCAGACGAUCGCAGCACCGCUGCCACGUUGCGCGGCAAGACGAACACGAUGGCUGUGUCCCCUGACAGCGCAAGGUACAUUGCUUCGCCAGCCUUUGUGUCGCCCAAGCGGAGGUCCAGCGUGUUGUUCACCGAUCCGCCGUCGCACAUGCUCAGCUCAGGGUCACCGAGUGAGCCAAGAGGGGCAGCUGCUGGUGGCGCUGAAGACGGGACUGUGGCAGCAGGCGAGGGUGCCCAGGAAGCGGGAGCGACCCGGGCGCAUCGUGGAAGCCUUCCCUCAUCUGCUCCCCUUCCUGCCGCCGUCACGGUGGCUGACACUGACAGCGGCGAUGGCGAUGCUGCUGUGGCGUCUCCUCUUGUACCGACACUGACGGUUGUGCUUCCCAGCUCUUCCGCAGCCGUGUCCGUGGACACCAACAACUCUACGAGGAAAGCACAGCCUCCCACCGGCAGAGCACCUUCGCCGCCACGCCCGUCGUUGCUGUCGCCACCGUCGCUGCGCGUGUCCUUCUCACGAGAUUCCUACUUGCCCUCAGUGAAUUCUGCUACAAUGAAGACGUCCGUUUCUGCUGCUGCGGCUGUUGUUCCAGUGACCAGCGCGGUCGGUACGUCGAUCUCUGCUACCAUGAGCGCCAGCAGCUCCAGGCAAGCAUCACGCAGUGAGGGGGCCUACUCGAUGCGGUCGCCAUAUCGCAGUCCACCGUCACCGUUCAUUGUGCAGGGCUCACCGCAUGCCGACAUGGUCGGUGCUGCGGUGGACAGCAGCGAUGCCAGCUGCUGCCCUCUUCCACGACGACGCUUUCCCAUCGCUGUGCCUAGGGCGGAGCUCUCUCCGAUGGAGGGCUCCAUCGUCGCCACAAGCGGCCGCAGCGCUCGCUCCCUCAACAGCAUCAACUCCCUCCCUUUCAAUUGCAGCACCACUGCGAACACCACGAGCUUCACCGCACAGAUCUUCAGCACGUCUCUGCCGGAGGGCAUGGCCCCAGAGCUGUGGGUGCUGGGCGGUGUCGAGGAGGCGGCCAUGUCCUCUUCACUCUUGGACGGCAGCGAUGACGACGACGCCGAAGGUGACAACGAGGGCGAUGCUUUCAAGGCAGAUCCCAUCCUUGUCGAGGGCGGCGCUGAGCCGGCGUGCUUCGUGGCGGCGGCACAGGUUCUAGGGCGCGAGGCGGCUCCACCGUUAAUGUCGAAAGCGCUGCGGCUACUUCAGCGGGUUGGACGUGGCUACCUAUGCCGCCGGCACCAACACUUCCUGUUCAUGGUGUCUAUCUCGUGGGCGGAGGUUGCGCUGAUCCGGCGGGUGGCGCUCGGCUCUCUGACGCGACGGCGCACGGGUUUAGACUACUUCGUGCACCGUGAGGCAAAGCGCCAAAUGGCGUACUGGGCGCUGCGCCAUCGAUCUGCCGUGCUGGUGCAGAGCGUCGUGCGCGGUUUCAAUGCGCGCCAGCGGGUGAGGAGGCUGCAGAGGCGGGUGUUCACGCGCAUGGAGCUACGCAUCGCCCUCGAGCAGCAAAACACAGACGAGUGA